CUGGAUCUCGACUCCACUCACGCCGGCACAAGGAAGCUCAGACCUCUACCCUCAGAGCCACAUCUUCCAGGCUCUCAGCAUCAACCCAAGCACCGGUAACCAUGAGCCAAAGCUACUCAAGCAGCCAGAGGGUCUCCUCUUACCGUCGGACCUUUGGCGGAGCAGCCCCGUCUUUCAGUAGAGCUUCCUACGGGUCUAAGGCAGGCGCCUCCAGCAGUUUGUCCUCCAGGGUCUACCAGGUUUCCCGCGCCUCGGCCGCGCCAUCUUUCUCCAGCUUCAAGGCAUCGCGCGGCGUCCCGGUCAGGCAGAGCUACGGGGCAGAUGUUCUGGACUUCAGUCUCGCCGAUGCCAUGAACCAAGAGUUUCUGCAGACCCGAACCAACGAGAAGGUAGAGCUUCAGGAACUCAACGACCGGUUUGCCAACUACAUCGAGAAAGUGAGGUACUUGGAGCAGCAGAACCAGAUCCUCGUGAACGAGGUCAACCGACUCAAGGGGAAAGAGCCGACGAGGGUCAGCGAGCUGUACGAGGAAGAGAUGAGAGAGCUCCGCCGCCAAAUAGACAUCCUCACCAGUCAAAGGGCGAGAGUCGAGGUGGAGAGGGACAACUACAUCGAUGACCUGCAGAAGCUGAAACAAAGACUCCAAGAAGAGAUCCAACUCAAAGAAGAGGCCGAGAAUAACCUUUCUGCUUUCCGAGGGGAUGUGGACGCUGCAACCCUCGCCCGCAUCGACUUGGAGAGACGCAUUGAGUCCCUGCAGGAGGAGAUUGCUUUCCUGAAGAAGAUUCACGAGGAGGAAAUCCGCGACUUGCAGGCGCAACUCCAGGAACAGCAGAUCCAGGUGGAGGUUGACGUCUCCAAACCGGAUUUGACAGCAGCCCUCAGAGAUAUCCGUACUCAGUAUGAGAACAUUGCCGCCAAGAACGUCUCAGAAGCUGAGGAGUGGUACAAGUCCAAGGUGUCUGACCUCAAUCAAGCCGCUCAGAAGAACAACGAGAACCUGCGCCAGGCCAAGCAGGAGAUGAUGGAGUACCGCCACCAAAUCCAGUCCUACACCUGCGAGAUUGACGCUCUUAAAGGAACAAACGACUCCCUGCUCCGUCAGAUGAGGGACCUGGAGGAGAGGUACGGCGGGGAAGCUGCCGGGUAUCAAGAUACCAUCUCCAGACUGGAGGAGGAAAUCCGUAACCUGAAGGAUGACAUGGCAAGACACCUGCGCGAGUACCAAGACCUCCUCAACGUCAAGAUGGCUUUGGAUGUCGAGAUCGCCACAUACAGGAAACUGCUGGAAGGCGAAGAAAGCAGAAUCUCUCUUCCCAUCCAGUCAUAUUCUGCGCUGAGCUUUAGAGAGACCAGCCCAGAGCAGAGAGCAUCUGAAGUCCACACCAAGAAAACUGUCAUGAUCAAAACUAUCGAGACCCGAGAUGGAGAGGUCGUCAGCGAGGCUUCUCAACAGCACCAGGAGAUCCUGUGAGGUGGGACGGAGGACACGUGAACACGGACACGUGAACACGGACACAUGACAGGAACCUAGAAUGACCACCGUGCACAGUCUGAGCUCAACUCUACUGGACAUCUCAAAACUGUCACUACACCUCUCCUGCACCCACCACUCACCCUGAGCAUCUCCUCAAUCUAAAGGCCCCCCACCCAGAAAAAAAUAAGCUCAUUUUGGGACUCAACAUGGAGAACUCUCGUGCUCUGAAGCAUCUUCGCUGGGGUGUCUCAUCGGCACAGUGAAAACAAAAAUAAAGUCACAGACACCUUCACAAA